AAAGUCGUGUUGUACUAGAGACAGGAAAAGAGGCAUCAUUAAUGGCUCAAAUACCAUUAAUUGAUUAUGAUUUUGACCGCGAGUAUUACGGAGCCGUGCAAGUUGGUGAACCACCUCAAACGUUCAAGAUUGACUUCGAUACAGGGUCGUCCAAAUUUAUUCUCUCAUCCAAAGCCUGUAAGGAUUGUUCUGGUAGUACGCGUUUUGAUCCAGCUGCAUCGCACACAUUUCGACUCAACAACGAGUAUGAAAACGAACUCGGGAAUAAAAAUUCUUCCUCUACUUUUACAUCUGAUCCAAACACUUGGCACAUCACCUAUGGCGACAUGUCUCAUGCGGAAGGCAUCCUCGGUCGGGACCACGUCACCAUCGCCAACCUAACGGUCCGUCAUCAGCAAAUCGCACUCAUUCUCAGCGAAAGCGCCAAUUUUGAUGAUGUAGUUGAUGGUAUCAUGGGUCUCUCUUUUGGAACACUGUCCUCCCCUUCUUCGCAUCCCCAGACUUUAUUUGAAAAUAUGAUGGAUCAAGGACUUGUCAAACAUGGCGUCUUUAGUUUCUACCUUGGAAAGAAUUAUCCUAAUGGGACUAGCGAUCCUAUCGACAGUGGAAGUGAUUAUACUGGGGGUGGAGAGGUUAUCUUUGGAGGAGUCGAUACAUCCCGAGUGAGGGAAGGGUUCGAAAUCGUGUACACACCAGUAACUAAACCAAAGUAUUGGCAGAUCAAUAUCGAAAACAUCUUUGUGGCCGGUCAACGUAAGCAAUCAAAUAUCGUAGGAAUCAUGGAUACAGGAACUACGCUGAUGAUUGUUCCUGAGCGACUCGCAUUCGCCGUGCAUCAGCUCAUCCCUGGUGCUGUUCAGAUCUCUGGCCAAUCAUGGACAAUCCCUUGUGAUUUAACAUCCACUACCAGAAUUGAGCUUGAAAUCGAGGGCCACAGGUUUGCAAUCCCGUUUAGUGAUCUUGUGCGUGAGGCUGUGAGGCUUGAUGGUCAGAUGGCGAGCGGUAUCGAUAAGGGAAAUGGACCUAACUUUAUGAUCAUCGGGGAUUUAUUCAUCAAAAAUAACUACGUGGUAUUCGACCAAGCAAAUCAACGGGUUGGGAUUGCUCCACUCAAGUUCCCAUCAUUGACCAAGCACAGUAGUAGCAGUAAGAACAGUAGUUACAGCGCUUGA